GGGCACGGCGUAUCCCGGGAUGCCCCGGCUGAGCUGCCAAGGAACGGGCCGGGAAAGGCAGCGCGGUGUUUAUCCAUCCCCUGGGCUCGUGGGCGGUGAUCCCUGCGUCACCCAUCGAGCUAAUUAAGAGCUGAUUAGCGAUCGGUAGCUCAGGGGCAGGCCUCUGAGGUUGCGCACUUGCUUGCGGGACUGGAGCCGCGCCCCCCAGCUCUGGUAAAGGCCGAGCCCACGCUGGACCGGGACCCCCGAGACGCGACGGGGAGGGCGAGAGGGAUGAGGAGGAGCCGGGACCUUGCACAAGCUGCCUUCGGCUCGCCGAGCUGCUUCCCCGGCCAAGGAAGCUUUUCCCGAGUGUUUGCUUUGGCUUAGAAAGCACAACGUGCCCGGCAGCCCCCGCAGGUCGCGUUCGGGGCCCGCGUGUCCCCAGGGCCCGGGAUGCGACGUGCCAACCCCCCCGGGAGAUCCAGCCUUGGCUCUACCUGUGCCCAAAUCCCCUCGGCAGCGCCUCCCGGCCGGCUGCCAGGGGAGGCAAGGAGCAGGAGAAUUGCAGAUCCCCGGGGCUGCCUCUGCCUGGAGCCCCCCCUCUCCAGACCCUGAGGGAGGCUGGGGGCUCCUGGGCACACAUUUGGGGUGCUGAGAGCCUUGGGGCACCCCAGGGAUGGGCAGAAAGGGCUGAGCUGCCUGUCACAGCUGGCUUGGAAAUACAGCCAGCCCCCAGACCUCGCUGUUCCCACCAGGAUAAACAGAACCAGCAGAGCAUUUCUUCCCCCUGGGGCGCGGCAAAACCCCCCAGCCCCUCGGCGGCAGAGCCCCUCACCACCCCCACGGCCCCAGCUGAGCCAAAAUGUGCCCGGGGCCAGCACGAAGCUGCCGAGUUCCUGUUUGGAAGCCGCUGCUGGCGGGGUUGGUACCUGCACACGGGGUCAGCAGCGCUGGGCUUGUUGUUGUGAGCCCCGACUUAUCAGCGCCCUGGCGCUUCCCCGCUCCCCGUGCCUUCCUUCCGAGCCAAUUGUUGAUCCCGCAGUCUUGGCUGCGCUGGAAAAAAAGGAGAUUUCCUGCAAUUGUUUCGCAGGACUUGCAGCCCCAUGCAAAAAUUUUCUGCCUAUCAGCCCCCUCCCCAGCGCCGGGGCAAGGCUUGAGCCCCCUGGCUUCCCCUGCCAGACCGCGGGGCAAUCAAAGCUCUGUGAUUAAUUGCUGCCUGGCCAGAGGUGCUUCUCUGGCGACAUCCAUCUGCCAUCCGCUCCUGCGGGAGCGCUGCCCCGGGCGGAGAGUUCAUCUUCAGCCCUUUCCCACUGAAAAAAAACCCCGAGCUCACCCCGAUAUCGAGGUGGCAUCAGGGACAGCUUUGGCACUUUUGUUGUAACCCACUCCAACCGCUCAGGAUUCCCAGAGAGGGGCAGGACCUGGGAUGUAUUUUCCCCACAGAAGGAUCCAGGCAGGAUCCAGCCUCUUAGCCCGGCGGGGUGACAGUGGAGGGGACACUCAGGAAGCCUCGGGGACCCCCGUCCAUCCCCAGGCACCUGCGGCUUCCCCACCGACACCUGCCCGGGGCCUCCCCGCGCCCGUCCCCACCCUGCGGCAAAAUCAAACGGGAGCCGAGUCCCGGCGCUGGGAAUCCAGCGAGAUGUCAGCCGCGCUGGGCUGGCUCAGGAUGUUGCACCACGCCGCUCAUUUCCUGCCCAGCAAGCGGCCACCGAGCCCACCCGAGCUCCGUGCCCAGAGGCGCUUGAGCUGCCGAGCCGAGAGGAUCCCCCCGCUCCCGAGCAGCCCCAGCGCAGCCCUCGCUCAGCCGCCGCCACCAGGAUGGCCGAGGUGACCACUGUCCCCACGGAGACACACACUGUCCCGAGUGAGUACGGGGACUACCACAACCUGUCCGAGCUGUUCUACCUCCUGAACCACACCUACACCUACUGCGAGUUCAGCCUGGACGAGAACAUCAAGCGAGUGGUUCUCUUCAUCCUCUACCUGGUCAUCUUCGUGGUGGGCUUGGUGGAGAACCUCCUGGUCAUCUGGGUCAACUGGCAGACACGGGGCAACAAGAGCUUGGUCAACCUGUACAUCAUCAACAUGGCCAUCGCCGACCUCGGCGUGCUGCUCUCGCUGCCCGUCUGGAUGCUGGAGGUGAUGCUGGAUUACACCUGGCUCUGGGGCAGCUUCCUCUGCCGCUUCACCCACUACUUCUACUUCGCCAACAUGUACGCCAGCAUCUUCUUCCUCACCUGCCUGAGCGUGGAUCGCUACGUGACCCUGACCAGCUCCUCCCUCUUCUGGCAGCGGCACCAGCACCGCGCGCGCCGCGCGGUCUGCGCCUGCAGCUGGCUCCUGGCCGCCGCCAUCCCCGUGCUGGAGGUGGCUCACAUGCAGCUGGUCAACACCGGGGAGCCCAUCUGCAUCUUCAUGGCCCCCUUCGAGACCUACGACGAGUGGGCGCUGGCGGUCAGCCUGGCCACCACCACCAUCGGCUUCCUCAUCCCCUUCCCCAUCAUCGCGGCGUUCAACGUGCUGACGGCGCGCUUCGUGCGGCGCACCAAGCCCGAGAGCCGCAAGCACUGCCUGCUCAUCUACGCCUACAUCGGGGUCUUCCUGCUCAGCUGGCUGCCCUUCCACGCCGUGCUGACGCUGCUCACCCUCGAGGGCAACCACAUCGUCCUGCACUGCACCUUCGCCCACUUCCUCUACUUCUUCUACGACAUCAUCGACUGCUUCACGCUGCUCCACUGCGUCGUCAACCCCAUCCUCUACAACUUCCUCAGCAAGAACUUCCGCAGCAAGCUCAUCUCUGCCGUGGUCAAGUACAUCCCCAAGGACCACGGCGGCCAGAAGGGCGCUGGGAACUCCUCCUCCAGCACGCAGCACUCCAUAGUCAUCGCCAAGGACAACAGCCCUCCCAACUAAGGGGGGUCAGACUCUCCCAGCCUCCGUCCCGGUGGCUCCCGGGGACAGUGGGAUUGGUUUUCCUGCUGCUGAGGACACGGUUUGCUUGGGCACAGCCCUUCUUGGCUGGGCACCUCCCGUGGCAGGAGGAUGAGGUGCCAGGUUUGAGGAGAGCUGGGAGCUGCGGACAUCUUGCCUCUGGGGUGCUGUUGUGUCCAACCUAAAGAAAGGAUGAGAGAAAAUUAUAUCUCCUGUUUGACGAGAACAUUAUAUUCCCUUGCAUUAAUAAAGCCUGUUACUCCACUCGGUGUCUGACACAACCCAGCCCCAAGAUCAGAGCCCCAUCCUGCCCCAAGCUGGGGGGUUGGAGCGCCCCAUCUGCCCCAUCAGGGGCGUUCCUGCACCCCCAAACUGCCCCUGACCCCCAGGCUGGGCGCGGCACUGCCUGGUGGUGCCAUCCCGAGUGGGAGAGAAGGAAUCAUCCCUGUGGAACGCAAACCUCCCCCCACAGUGCCCAGCAACGUCCACAGCCUGAUUUUUGAGAGAUGAAGGCGAAGCAGCCCGAGGGGCUGAGCAGGGCACAGACCUGAGGGGAGGUGUGGGAAUGUGUCCCCUAUGGACAGAGUGACAGAACUUUCCUCUGUUCCCCAAAAAGGAAAAUAAGCCUAGACUUUUCUCCCAGUGACCAGGUAAAAAAAGUCCCUGAUAGGACCUUCCGAACUUCACCUCAAGUUUGAGGACAGCUAAUUGGCCACGAGCCAAAAGGUCCCGCCUGGGCCAUUUAGUAGAAAAAGACAGAACAAAGCAGCCAAGUCGCUUUUGUGAGGUGCCUUUACCAAGUGCACGCAGCUGUCUACCUGGCUCGGUUUUGUGUUUGUUAUUUUGCCUUUCAUGAAACCCUUUUUUGUUCCUGACGCUGCCACAGAAGCCUCCUGCUCAUUUAUGCCUGCCGAUGGAUGCCGAGCUAUUCUGGGGUAUAACCUUUGGGUCUUGAGGGCUUAUCAGAUCGGCUCAAAACCCCCGGGCAAAAACGUUCGGGGGAGGAACAAUCUGGUUUUGAGAUCAGCCCGUCCUUCAGAGCAAUUUUGCAAACCCAGUGGUAAAUUAGCGAUGGCUAAACUGGGUUUUACUGGGACUGACUUUGGGUCCCCCAUCCCAUUAACUCCAGCCUCCUCUGGAGCAUCCCCUGGCAGGUUUUUAUGGCCCCUGGGCAGAUUUCUCACCUCCAGCAGGCCCCAGCAGCCCUUCCCCUCCCACCAAAGCCCCCGCGGGAGCACGGGCACGAGCAGAAAUCCUCAGAGCUGGAGCCCGGGCUGGGCUUGUGCCGCGCAAGGAAGCGGAGAAUCCGGAGAAAGUUCAUCCUCGUGUGGAUCCUGAUCUCAGUCACGUGCUGGGGUCGGGCCCUCGCCGGGGGGAAGGUGGCAGAGAGACCAUAAAUCUCCCGAAGGCCUUGAGCUGCUGGAGGAACGCGUGGUGGAAAAAGCACAGCAUAAGCAGUUCUGGGGACAGGAUGACAGGAUGCAGGGGUGGGAGCAGGAUGUCCCAGGAGAAGCCCAUGACCAGGGCUUGAGACGGAUACGGGGUUAUCACAGGGCUGGCUGGGAAAGCUCUGCCACUUCCAGGGGUCCCUGAUGGGGUAAAACCCUAAAUUCCUCAGGGUUCCUUCUGCAGGGAUGUUCCUCUGUAUCCCAGAACACGAGCACUGAGGAAUAAUCCAAAUCCACCUCUUAGAAACCCCGGGAAGGCUGCAGCCCCCUGGGCAGGAUUCCCUGCUCAGGAACUCCUCUGUUCCUCCCACCUGUGAGUGCAGAACCCCAGGGGCUGUGAGACCCCCCCGGGCUGAGACCUGCACCCACAGGACCCCGCCACCAUCAUUCCCCGAUCCCAAACCCUCCCCGAGCUUCCCUUUGCUAAUUCCCUCCCAAUCUCCAACGAAGAAAUGGAUGACAAACACACAACCAGCCACUCACCAGGGCAAAAAUAUAUUCGAGAUACUUCAGCAUGUAAAAUUUGGCAUUUCACCUA